GUGAGCAAUUAAUCUCUCUCUCUGAGACAUAGAUUUAUCACUGUAUGCUGGAUGAACGGAAAAGCUCUAGCAGAGCAACAUAUUUAUCAUUUGGAGGCAAAACUGUCCACUUACAUAUGGAUGUAAGCUAAACCUGUGAAUCCAAAUACUCUACCAGAUAUGAUCUGACUGUAUGAAAUGGAAGAAUGAUCCAGAUGCACCAGCAGCCACAUGGUAGAGAGAGAAAGCGUAUGGAUGGGUCGAAUAUACAUCUGCUAGAUAUAUGGACUGACUGAGCAUUGCUCAGCUGCGUACAAACAAGAUAAAGGAGGUAUGUCCCACAUGGAUCAGGAUGUGCGUCCUGGCACUACUAGUGUCAGGGUGACAGAUUUGGGUUGGCAAGGAUUACUAAACCCCUUUCCACUAAACAAAGAUGAAGAUGAAGAUCUUGAGGACAAGUGCCUUACACCUGCUAAACUGCGACUUCUCACCGGGUUGGAUGAUCUGAAGGAAGUUACAACCCUUCAAAUGUGCGUUAACACCGGGGAGAACAGUCUUGGGAAUUUUGGUGAGGACUAUUCCUUAGGUUCUCAGCUUCCCAACCUAAGGCAGCUGAAACUCAACAACAGUAUCAUCAUAUCUGUGAGAGACCUUGGUACAUCUCUAUCACAGCUCCAAGUGCUAUGGUUGGCUCGAUGCAGCCUUACAGACCUUGACGGCAUUGCCUCCUUGUGCUCAUUAAAGGAGCUGUACCUUGCCUACAAUGACUUGACUAACCUGAGUGAAUUGAGCAUGUUGGAAAAUCUGGAGAUUCUUGAUCUUGAGGGAAACAAUCUGGAGCAAAUAAAAGAGCUGAAAUGUCUGGCACUGUGCAGUAACCUCACCACUCUGACCCUGGAGGGAAACCCCAUCUGCACACUGCCAAGCCCAGAGGCUACCGAGUCUCCAGAUUACAAUUAUCGAGCUGAGGUUCGGAGUUUAAUCCCCCAUUUAAGAAAUCUGGAUGAUGCUCCUGUUGACCAGAUUAACUGUGCCUCUCCAUGCAUCCCUACCCAUGAUUGGCUGAUGGUGAAGAACAAUAUCAAAGAGAGCACUGGAAACCUGGUAGAUGUAGGUUUGGGCAAUGGAAACAUAAUGGGAAAGAAGAACCAAAGACCUGCAACAGCACAACCAGCCCUUGCGGGAAGACCCCGCUCUGCAAUAAGGCCGGCCAGUGCAGCGAGACCAGCUACCAGUGACCAAGGCCCAAAAGGAAGUCCUCUUACAGAAUCAUUAGAAUUUGGAGAGGUAGAAGAUGAAGCAAGUGACUUAACCCAUGGUGUUGGCAGAGUCAUUUGUGGAAAUCCCAUCAAAGCUCUCCGAGCUCGGAAGGCGAAGUUUGGGUCCGCUCCAGUGAUUCCACUUCAGCUAAUGGGCCAGGAAUCCAGGCAGGUGGGCACCACUGAAGACGUGUUGGACAAAGGUCAUGAAGAUGUGUUUGCAGAGCUAAGGGCCUGGAGAGAAAAGCACAAUUUGGUUUUACAAAGAAUCCAGGAGGCACGCACUCCACAGAUCCUGACAAUCACACACAGUGAGGAGGAGGAGAAGGAUGACAGCUUUAGUGUCAGCAGUGAAGAUGAAGAGCUAGAAGAAUGCUGGGACUCUCCUUACAAUUCAAGCCCCUCUCCUCUUCCCCAGUCACCUGCAGGCUCUCCAAAUCCCAGAGAGAAGAUUUUGCAGGAUUCUCCACUGGUGCCAUCUCCUCCUAUCACCCCCUGCCCUCCAGGAAGUGAGAAGCACAAACCAUACAAAGGAGCUGACAUUCGAGUGAGACGUCUCUUGAAAACCACCAGGGAUAUUGGUUACACAGCACCAAGACAGUCAGCUAUACAUGAAUGCAUUGGUGAUGAAGUCUUCCCAUUAACAAACAUUUAUGGUGGCAUCUCCAGAACUUUAGAUACCUUAAAAACACAAGCAACAUCUAAUGACCAACUUAGAGAGCAACUUCCACCAGGGACUACACAUUUAGGGUCUAUCACUGACAGACCUACACUGGAAAGGAACUCUCCAAAACUCAUUCCCCACCACCACCCUGUCAUCCGUGCUUCCUCAAGAACCCCAGAAAGGCCAUCUCCACCCAACUUUGCCCGGCCUAUUGCUGCAAAGGGGGUUCUGCAAAGGUUACCAAAUCGCCCCAACUUCCUACUGAACAAGACGUCUAGCUCCUAGAAAUGUCACGAAGAAGAGAAUGUGUCCUGAAUGACAUUAACUUCCAAAAGGCCAUAACAGAUUGUCUAAGGUGGAGAUAGACCAAAUGGCCAUAAUGAAGCUGCGGGUCAUGCUGCUGUUUGUCAGUCUUCCUGAAGCCAACCUAAGGGAAGCUCUAGUGCUGCUAGAAAUAAUUACCUUUUGGGUUGCCUUAUUGAUUACAAACCCCAGUAAUAUCAUGCAUACCCAGAAUUAUCAAUAUACUGAGCACAAGGAAUAUACCAAAGGAUCAGAUUUAUCAAGCACUAAAGUUUUUUUUCAUGACCAAAAAAUUUCUUGUAUGAUAGAAUUAUAAGUUACAUGAGCAGAUAUCAGUCAUUACUGAAUUAACCUAGUAGCAGAGACAAAAAACAGUUCUACUUUUAAUCAUGGUUUUAAUCAUGAAGCAUAUGUAUGCCAUGAGAAGGCAGCAUCCCUAAAUGAAUGAAAUGCACAAGAGAUGGGAAUCAUAAGAAAUAAACCUGUGUGUACAGAACUAGGCAAGCCAAGAAAGUUCUAUCACUUUAUCUUUUCUAUCAUCAUACAUUUUUUCAUAUGUGUACAUAUUACAUUGAUAAUCAUUUCAUGUGCAGAUUUAGGGGUCUUUUUACUAAAACUCAAAUGAAUCCAAUUUUUUUUAUUAAAACUAAGUCCAUGAAAUGAAGUAAUUUAUCAAUAAUUUUUCUCAUAAAAUUUGGAGUACAAAAACGCAUCGACAAAAUCAAGUGUCAAUUUGUAUUGUGCGAUCGACGUUCCAAAUACUCAGUUUUAUUGAAUUGCCGCUGUAAAAAAAUUAUCGAAUUAUCCAGCGCAGAUCACGUGUCAAGAAACAACUUCAGGGACAUCUGCCAUUGACUUCUACAUGACAUCAGAUUUGGAUUUUUUACCAGCUUUGGGGCAUAAUAAAUCUCAAAAAAAUUUAGUUUUUAUUUUUCCAUGAAAAAUGUGAGUUUUCCCCUGUAAAAAACUAGAUAAGAAAAAAAUUUGAGGUUUAAUAAAUGGGCCUCUUUGAUUUACCAAGGUGAGCACCAAUACUGGAGCCCAGUUUGGACAUCACUUACAUAUAUAUAAACUAUGCCUAAACUAAAAUGCCUUCAUACUUCCAUGCCAAUUGUCACCAGCCUUUGGUAUUAUAAUGGUUUGGUCAGUCAGCUUCUAUAGUCACAUCUAUUUAUAUAUAGUGGACGAGUAUCUCCUACUCUUAUGAAAUGUAGACCUUGUUGUGAUAAACUCACCAAAAAUAAUUGCAAAAAAUAAAGAGAUUUUAUAAAUAUUGCUGUCUCUUCAGUGCUAAGUGUGCCUAAUGCCACGCUGAAUUGACUAUGCACAUGUUACAUUGCAGAAUAAUAGUAAGAUAAUUCUGUAUCCGCUCUUCUUUCUCUGAAUGGGCAUAAUGAGAUCAAUUCUGUAUUCAUGUAUGCUUUCUUACAUCGCAUUUCUGAUAUUUGGCCAGAUUUUGCUUAAAGACAAUCAUAUUUUAUACCUGGAAAAUAUUUUUCCUAUGUAAUUUAUUAGAAUAUUGAAUGUGGAAACACUUGGCUUUGUUUGACCAUUUCUAUUUUGUACCAUUUGUUUUGCACAAAGCUCAUUAAAAACAAAAGCUAGUAA